UGUUGAAUCUAGGCAUACCAGGAUCAGGAUGGCCGAACUGGAGUACAUUUUAAAAGAUUUCGGGGAGGAAAUCAUUCAGAUUUUGAAAGGAGCAUUUCUUCUCAGAAAAUGAAGGAUUCAUUGAGUACAGAUUCAAGAAUAUGAGGCAGAAUGGCAAACAGGGUAAGAAGAGGAAGCAUGCCAAAUCAGAUGAUCACAAACAAGAAGAUGUGAUAGUGGAUGAGGAAUUACUUCAAGAUGAAGAAUUACAAGAAAAGGUUAACUGGAUGAAGCACACAGUUCACACUGCAGCAAAUAAGGGGAAAAUUAUCCAAUUUUUCAAAGACACUGCUGCUUAUCGUCAAAUGCUGCUGAAGAAGAGGACAGACAUGACCAUUUCAGACUUCAUUACCACCUUUCCAAGGAUACAAGAGAUGCCAGAACUUAUCAACAUGGACUUUGAAACAGAACAUGGGCACCUUUCUGACAAUUUUAUUUCAAAGUGGGAGUCGUUCUACCGAGACCGUAUCAUAAAAUUAGGUUUGAGCGGGUAUCCAGCGGUAAAAGAAUGAAUUCAACAGUUUGAGGAAUGUGACAACAGAGACCUGUGUGCUUUAACUGCACUGUUGCUGAUGUUACAUAAGCCACUGACAAAGACCAAGAACCCCACCUCGAGUUCAAGAGCAUCGAGUUUGGAGCACCUCAUCCAGUACAGACCUAUUGGGACAGAUGUUCAAGCGGCAGCAGCUGGGAAGUCUGCUGAGUUUCGGCAGCCCUAUAUUCUAGCUCUUGGACACAGACGCAAGCCACUACAAUCUUGCGGAUCAAACUACUUCUUCAGUUUUCAACCAAUAUUCAUGAAAUUUGGCACAUACAUUGGUCUGCUUGUGAGGAUGUGCAGACACAUUUUUCACGAAAGUAACUAGAAGACAAGGUGAUAUCUAGUUUUGAUAUUACAUUGCUGAGAGUGAUUUAUUAUUCAUGAGUCAUAAGGUAAAGAAUCAAGCAGAAUUUACAGGGUCUUGCAUUAAGACAUAAAGACAAAUUUAACCCUAAAUAGACUGGGGAGGGGGAGGGUGAAAGGCCCCCCUUGAAUUUUUUUUUGCAAUAAAUUUGUCGAUAAAAUCUCAUGCAACUUUUGAGACCAAAUUUGCGACGCCUGGGUAUGCAGUCCGAAAUUAUGCAUAAUUAUGUAAGUGCAUGUCAGUCCCAAAAUUGCUCAAAAUGCAAAUUCUGUUUGUAGCCAAAAUUCAUAGCGUUCUCUUUACUUUUACUGAUUAAAAUCAAUUAAUUUCAUGUUGUUUAAGAUCAUAAAAUUAUUGUCGACAAUUUCCAUCCAAAAAAAGUCG